AUGUCUCCUCCGAGCGCAGUUGAUCCCCAGAUCAUCACCAAUGCAAAUCCGCCGGAGCCAUUGACGGUUGCUGAUGUGCCAGCCCGGCGUGCCAAAACCAAGGUGCCCACCGGCGUGGCAGCAAAUUCAGAGAGUGAUAUGUUCAAGAGCGCUGCAUGUUUCACUAAACCAAAAGCAAAACGCUUCGAACACCUGCUAUCCGCUGAAAGCAAAUCUCGAAAGGGCUCGUCAUUGAAACAAGCUGCUAAAUACCUUGAUAAGCCUGGCCUUAUUUCCUUGGGCGGAGGACUUCCAUCGUGCGAAUAUUUCCCGUUUGAGUCCAUCUCCAUUAAAGUUCCAACCCCACCGCAUUUCUCCGAAGAAGAAACGGUAAAGACGGGAACAGUUGUGACGUCUGCAAAGUAUGAUAUAAGGAAUGGAAAGAGUGACUUAGAUCUGGAGAUUUCUCUGAAUUAUGGUCAGUCAAAUGGUACGGCGCCAAUGAUGCGUUUCGUCACCGAGCAUACUGAGAUCGUCCACCACCCUCCAUACUCCGACUGGCAGUGCAGCUUGACAGCUGGAAGCACCUCCUCCUGGGACAUGGCAUUGCGCAUGUUCUGCGAGCGGGGUGACUACAUCCUCGCAGAAGAGUACACCUUUGCCACAGCACUGGAAGCCGCGUCUGCCCUGGGUGUGCGUGCCGCCGCCGUUAAGAUGGAUGACCAGGGCAUGCUCCCGGACUCUCUGGACGAGGUAAUGACCAACUGGGAUGCAGCGGCAAGGGGCGCCCGCAAACCCCAUCUCCUCUACAUAGUCCCCUCAGGCCAGAACCCGACAGGCACCACGCAUGGCCCGGAGAGGAGAAAGGAGAUCUACAAGGUUGCGCAGAAGCAUGAUAUUUUCAUCGUGGAGGAUGAGCCGUACUAUUUCCUGCAGAUGCAGCCGUAUAAGGGCGUUGACACGCCGCCCGAUGCACCGCCGGCGUCGUAUGAGGCGUUCAUUAAGUCGCUCAUCCCUUCUUAUCUGAGCAUCGAUGUUGAUGGGCGCGUGUUGCGAUUGGAGUCCUUUUCCAAGGUCAUCUCGCCUGGCUCGCGGAUGGGCUGGAUCGUCGGCACGGCGGAGAUUGUGGAACGGUAUACGAGGCAUUCCGAGGUUUCUACGCAGAAUCCCAGUGGCAUGUCGCAGAUUAUCCUGUUCAAGCUCCUGGAUGAGAGCUGGGGGCAUGCGGGGUAUUUUGAUUGGCUGAUUAAUUUGCGAAUGGAGUAUACUGCGCGGAGGAACACCAUGCUGGAUGCGUGCGAGAAGUAUCUUCCGAAAUCCAUUGCUAGUUGGAAUCCCCCUGCUGCUGGGAUGUUUCACUGGAUCAAAGUCGACUGGAAAAGGCACCCAGGAGUCCGCGAGGGCAAAGACCACGCCGCUAUCGAAAACGCGAUUUUCAAAGCCACCAUUGAAGAGGGCGCGCUUGUCUCCGCUGGCAGUUGGUUUGUGGCAGACAGUUCCAUUCCACAGACGGACAUGUUCUUCAGAGCCACAUACGCUGCAGCCCCGGGCGAUAAGAUCGAAGAAGCCAUUCGAAGGAUUGGUGUGGCGCUGAGAUCUGAGUUCAGGUUGGAUUGA